AUGAAAUCUCUCGGUGUCUCUCCCCAGCUGUGUGAGAAGUUUACCGUCUGCGUGAACAGUAUGGAAAUGCUCGUCCAGAACAACCUCAACCUCCCCAAGGUGACAGAAGAAGACGGGUGUCUCUUCACUGGCUUUGAUGAGGAUAAAUGCUUGAAGAAAAUCGCCAGCGGGCUUUACACAUUUCAGCCAUACCUUGAAUACGUACAAGAAACUUUUACUAGUGAAAAGAAAAACGCCGAAUUGCUGUGCUAUGGCACAGGGCAUCUGGCACAUACAAUAAAACAGAUGGUGAUCCAUCCCGAUGAAGUGAUCAUCCCGGACCCAGCUGCACAGAAAUCCCUCCGUGCAAAGCUGAGGUCUGAUAAAGCCUGGAUCGAGAAAAUCACCACCCACCUCAUCCUCCGAGACUUUACUUCGUUUAUGGAGAAAACCGUGAGGGCCAUUCGUUAUUUGAAAAACAUCAGGAGUGUCAGUGUCUGAAUGUUUUAAUUCAGGCACAAUCCUUUG